AUGAACCGCCACGACGAUGAUCUCACUGCUAACAACAGCAAGAAGCGCAAGCUCGGCGACGACGACGAGUUGUCGGACAUGUACCUCGCGCGACUUGAUGCGUUUCGCAAAUUCGACCAAGAUCGCAAUGACAUGGUCCAGGAGCUUAUCAUUAAAUAUAAUAACUUGAAACAGCUCUACGAGCAUAAAGAAGCCGAGUACGAGAGUGAACGCGAAACUCGGUUGAUGUGGCAGAAGACUGCCAAAGAACAUGACUCCGAGCUUCGCCAGCUGAAGCUUGUCACCGAGUCCAAUUCUUUCGUAUAUGCUGCCAUUGACGGUGAUGGUGCCUAUUUUAAGGAUGACUUCAUCGCCCAGGGCCAAGACGGUGGCUCCCAAGCUGCCUAUCAACUCCGAGCCGACAUCAAGAGCUAUCUCCAAAGGCAAUAUCCUGCUGCCAACGUUGAAGAUUGGCGGAUCAUUGUCCAAGUAUUCCUCGGGGCUGACGGCCUCAACAAGAAACUCAGGAACUGCGGUAUCAUCAGAGAUCCUCAGAAUAGCGUAACAUCCUUUGGCAUUGGUUUCGGUCUCUCGCAGCCUCUCUUCUCCUUCGUAGAUGUAGGUUAUGGCAAGGAGAGAGCAGACCACAAGAUCACGGAGAUGAUGCGGGCGAUGAUUCGGCUACACCAGUGUAAACACCUGUUCUUUGGUCCCUGCAAUGACAACGGCUAUCUCAACUUCUUGGAGGAAUACAAGCGGGACGAUGCCGUCGCGAAGAAGCUGACUCUGAUUGAGACGCAAGCAGCACAGCGCGGCUUCACAGCGCUCGGCCUGUCUCGCAUCAGCUUCCCGGCUGUUUUCCGUUCUGAACCUCUUCCCGAUAGCCAGCCACGACCGGUUGCAAAUGGCGCUUACGCCAAUCCUGCACCGGCAUCACUGCCAUUCUCUACUAUCACUGCUAAUAGUAGAGAACGGCGCGCCACUGUAGCUGAAACGGGGUCGCCUCGAGAUGCUUACGCUGCGCCGGCCAUGGAGAGGGACCCUGAUGAGAAGUAUAUUUUGCUCAAUGCAGAUCGCGAUCGAGUGGACGAAAGACUGCGACCUGCCGAUCCCAUGGCAGAAGCUUCGUAUAAGGAGAAGACAAGACGGCAGGGGAGAAACUUCUGCAACUUCUACCAUCUAAAUGGAUUGUAA